AGACUCUCUUAUCCGGAGAUGCGCGCGGGUCGCUUCUCGAGUACCCGCGUCUCGCGAGAUAUCGCGAAUUCCGCGGCGGGGGAACUUGCGGCCAAGUUUCCCACAGUCCCAUGACUCGUCCGUGACGCGCGCCUGGCGGUGGGGAUCGCGGUGUGGGACGGCGAUUUAUAUAGGAGAAGAAACGCUUGGUCGCAGCAGCACUUGAGACUCGAACGGUGAAAACGUCGCACGGCGCGCACCUCUCUCGCAUCUCGCCAGUGAAAUUCGUCGUGUCUCUCCAGCGAGCUCGUCGUAACACACACUUCGAUACACUUCUCGACAAUCAUGUUCAAGUACACCGUACUCUUCUCCGCCGUGCUUUGCCUGGUGAACUCGCAACGACCGUGGCAUGCCGGCAGCAGCAACCGGUUACCGAUGGUUCUUCCGCAAUACAUUGACGAGCGAUUGGCAGUAGAACAAGCGGCUCAAUCAGGUCAAGCUGUCCAAGCAGGUCAAGAGAUCCAACCAGGCCAGUCUAACGUAGGAGUUCAACCAACAGCGUCCCAGCCAAUUCCAACAAUCCAAUCCAACAUAGGAGUCCAACCAGUACAAACAUACCAACCGAGCCUGACGGCUGACACGUACCAACCAGGACAAACGGUCCAAGGAUAUCAUCCAGGACAAACGGUCCAAGGAUAUCAUCCAGGACAAACGGUCCAAGGAUAUCAUCCAGGACAAACGGUCCAAGCAGCACAAGGACCCCAAGGGUCUCAGGGAGCAACAGGCUUCAGUAGUCCUGAUGUCGGCUUGUCGAAUCGGAUCGACGGGAGCAGCGGCAGCAACGUCAUCACGGCAUUCCCGACGACGACGUCCACCACGAUAAACCCGGCUGACCUACCGGUGGACGCUCACGGUGACGUCGACCUGGUGAACAGGAUCAAGACCUGGCCGAGGGAGAAGCAGCCCUUCUGGUACAUCAACUGGCAGGCUAUUCAGGCGCAUCGCGGUGACGUAAGCGCCAAUGCCCAAGUGGCGCAGGUGCAACCAAAUCCGAGAUCGUUCUUCGCGGGCUAAGACUGUGGACUGUUUGCGAAUCGGCCACUGACAAGACUGUAAAUUUAAGCAUUUCUCCUUUAACAAUAGGAUAAGAUGCGUGCGCGCAUGCGCGCGCGCGCGCGCGCGUCGUUACUCGUCGCCGCUCGCAAAAGCGGUUUAUUCCUAGUCAAGAGUCGGCUUCUCAGGCCGGGAUGACGUUCGGGGCGUUCUUUUUCUCUCUUUCUCUCUCGAAGAGUCGUCAUUCAGGAUUAUAAUAUCGAUCCCCGGGUCCCUUGGCGAUAAUAAGCCAAGCACUCGGACGCGAUCGAAGCGAAAGUCAUCAAACGGACGGUCUUACGUGGCAGCGCGAUAACCACCGUGCCUUCGUAACGGGAGAGUCUCGCCGAGAUUUUUAUACGAGAAAAAAACCGAAAAUUAUACACAAGAUUAUACACAUGAUGCUAUUGAUGGAAUAAAUAUCGAUGUAAGACUAA